AACUUUUGUUUUGUUUCUUUUGCUUACAACGCGGAAUUACUUGGUGGUGUUCGGUAUCUUUAGUUGCGUUCUGAGUUAUAGGUCCAGUUUCGAUAUCACCUUUAAUCGUGCUUUUUACUAGAAAGUACUAUAAACACCUCACGUAUCGGUGAGAAAAAGUACAGAGAUGAGCUAUCAUCAUCAAAGUCGUGGCGGUAACCGUCGAGCGAACAAUUUUAAUCGCGGUGGUGGAAACCGUUACGGCGGAGGUGCUGGUGCCGGUGCAGGUAAACGCAGCGGUGGCAAGGAUAAAUCAAUUGAUGAGACCAACCCGGUGGUGCAGUGUUUCCGUGAGUAUGCCCGGGAACUAGAUGCGAAGCAUGACCGGUACGAGCGAAUUGUCAAGUGCAGCCGGGACAUCACCAUCGAGAGCAAGCGAAUCAUCUUUCUGCUACAUACGGUAGACGGCAAAAAAAACAACCAAUGGCAUGUCUGCGAUGAAGCGAAAAAGCGCCUUGACAGCCUGUGCCAGACUCAUUUCUGCACGAUCGCUAAAGAGUUACAAGAUGUGGACCCGUACCAGUAUGCUCGUGCGUAUACCGCCGGCCUACAGGAAUUCAUCGAAGCGUACACAUUUCAUGAGUACAUCAGUGCCCAGGAUAUUUCGCACUGGGAAUCGAUUCAGAAGCAGCUAACCUAUAAGAUUCCCACCGCUGAACCAGACGGUACAAAAAAUGAUUCCGACAGCGACUCAUCGAAUGUCGAAUCGGAUGAUAAAAUUCAGAUCGUUUGUUUGCUGCCACCGCUGGACUUUAUUUUGGGAGUUGGUGAUCUUAGCGGAGAAGUGAUGCGUAAGUGCAUCAACUCUCUCGGUUCUGGUGAUAUCGAGAGUUGCUUCGAUCAUCGCCGUUUCUUACAGGAGCUCUACAAGGGAUUCAUUUCGGUGAGUAACGCCAGAAGUCGUGAUUUUUCGCAAAAGUUGUACACGCUAAAGCAAAGCUUAAUCAAGAGUGAAAAUGUGUGCUACAAUGUGAAGGUUCGCGGUGGAGAGGCGGCCAAAUGGGGUGCCACCGAUGACUAUGCUAUUGGUGUCAUGGUGAAGGAUAACCAAGAUGAUGAUGAGGGCGUUUUCUUUUAGGUUGAUUAUUUCGCAAAUCUCUUUUUCUGAAAAUGGGAGUUUCUUUCUUACUUAAUUAUAACAUGGAAUAAAUAAUAUCCUAAAUACAAUCGGAUUUACCCGCUUUGCACUCGGGUUGAAAAAACACCAUUUCAUCAAGUGUCCUCUGUUUUGGGAGGGCGAGCGAAAGAAUUCCGUUUGAUCGAUUCCACCAACCACUUGAUACCUUCGUCGACACCCUCGCUAGAAUGUUUUCGUUCUAUGUUAGAAUUGAAGAACAUUGGUAGAGAUCUACGCUACUCUACUCACCCCGUCAAUGCCGACACUGGCAUUACCAAGCAGUCUCUUCGUCCGAUCAGAUGACCAACUUCCUGGAACACCGGCUUGAUUUCCCGUACGCCCAUGCAAUCUGGUAAAUCCUGUUUGUUAGCCAACACCAGGAGAGGCACUCCGGAAAGAUACUCGUUUGCGAUCAUCCUAUCAAAUACCUCUUUAGAUUCGUGCAUUCGAUCUCGAUCGUUUGAGUCUACUACAUAAA